UAGUUAAAUCGUGUGUGGUUUGCAACUUUGCAAAGUGCAAUUUGAUUUAUAGUUUAUUAGUUAAAUUAUUUUUUAUCCAUAAUUAUAUAAUGUAAUUAGUAUGUUAUUUACACAAUAUAAAAAUUUUAACCAGACGACGUCUUGGGAAACCAUGAUUUGAAUUUGACUAGAUACUUAUUUAGCUUUGUUGACAAUAAAAGCUGAGUGCAGUGCAGCUGUCUUGGAUUGGCAUUGCACUGUUAUGGAAAAUGUAUAGAUGCGGUUAUGGAAUCUAUUGAAAACUCUAAUUGUUUGUCCAUGAGUGAUAGUUUCUCUUUAUAUGAACGUUAUAUGAGAAGUUUCAACGUUAAAGACAAUUUUUAUGAAUUCAACGAGCACUCCGAAUCUUCACUUUGCAAUGACAGGUCCGAACGAGGGAACGUUGACCUUUCCAUUUCAGCCUCAUCUGAAAUAAAUAAACAUUACGCGCUUCUAACUGAAGAAGUAAGACUGCAAGCUUAUGAAAAUAUCGAAAAUCGUAGUGAUUCGUUAAAAGAUAAAAUUGUCACUUUGUCGUCAACUUCUUUGGAUACUUCGACGGGGCCAUGCCUUAGUGAAAAAUCUGAUGAAGUUCGUGCCUCUUCAGAUGAUUGUAAAUCAGGAUUUAGGCCUGUUUUCCUAACAUCCAUAAUGGAGAACAGUAAUAAUGCCGUCGAUAGUGUACCAUUGUUCCGCGCUACGAGGGACGAAAACGUGUUUAAACUUCCAAUUAGCGAAUUAUCUUUUAAUGGGACAAUAAAGCAUGUACAAAAGUUGCAACCGAUUGUUGAUCCCCUCACGGCAUUCAGCACUGUGAAUGGUGCUUUGGUUGUAGAUGCCGAAGAACAAGAUUCGAAAAUUGAAAAUGCCAAUCAAAUCUGUGAACAGGUUUUUACUGUGGAUGAGAAGAGUGUUAGUCAGUCAAGGAUUGAUGUUGGUGAGAAUAGUGGGGAUUCUCAAUACCAGGAUAAAGUGUCAAAAGAGUACUCUCAAUCAAAUGAUAGCAAAUGGAAUCUAGAAAAGAGCAGUUCAUCAUUUGAAGAAUCUUUCGACAGUGGCUUGAGAUCUCCGGACAUGUUCCUGGAUGAUGAUGAAGAUUGUGAUCUAGCUCCCGAACCCUUUUGGAAUUUUUUGGAUGACGUUGAAUUGUUUGAGAGGAAGAAAAUAAAAAAGAUUGAGGAGAUCUUACAAGGUGUACUUCCUCCACCUUCUGUUACAACUAUUAAGACAGAUGUGACACAGAUGCUUAAGAAAUACUAUUGCUUCCUGCCUGCAUUCAAUGGCGAGGAAACCAUGAAUAUAGAAGAAAAUUCUAUGACACCCACUAAAAAGGUUUCAUUUAUAAAAAUACCAGAAAUAACUGAAUCUAUACAAGAAACAACGGAAAGUGUUUAUGCUAAGUCAUCUGUGAGGGAUGACCACAAAGUUGUAUCAACGUCGGAAGAAGCUAACUCGAGUAUGAUUGAUAGAAGCAUUGAACUGAAGAUGUGUUCAGAGUCAGAGGUCUUAGAAACACCAUGGCCAGCUGUAGCAAAAUGUAGAUUUUAUGAUAUUUAUUACAACUUGACUGCAUAUUCAGAGAAGCAUGAGGUUCUAAUGCAAAAGUUGGGUGAAAGGUUUAUUGGCGCCGAGACUGAUACAAGUGUUAGCAUACAUUCAGGUGGGAUGCAAUCACCGAGUAGUGCUUGCAAACGAAAGGCACUAAGACUCAAAUUAGCUCAAGCAAAGUCGCCUGGUCGUCGACUGUCUCACUUGGCUCGGAGGAGGCAAGCAUUUUGUAGUGCAGCAACUAUAGGAGAUAAACUCAACUCAUCUGGAAGCAAAAUGGUUCUCAUUGAUAAGAAUUUCUUCCCGCACAGAAAGCUAGUUAACUCAUCGGAACGCAAAAGCCCAAGAAUGCGAAGAACGCCAGGCAAGAAAACGCCGACGAGAAAGACACCUGGCAAGAAAACACCAAGGAAAACCCCCAUCAGCCAUGGAUGUGGCUCAAGCAAAAAGAAAGCUAUGCGACGACUGUUAAUGGAUGAUAAUUUAUCCAGAACACAACCAAACAAGGAGACUUUGAAGCGAGCACUAUUUUUAAGUCCGGAGAAUAGAAAAAGUGUUCCUGCUGCUUCUGCUAAUUCAAUGCUGAGUCAGCCAAUGAGCUCGAGGAGGGCCCUGUUCGGUUCGCCUGCCCGUGAAGGUGAAACUAAAAGCAUGGACGAAUUGAGAAGUGAUCAUUUUCUGAAACGUAAGCGGAGUGUUUUUGAUGAUGAGGAAGAUACCAGCAGGUGUAAGAUAGCAAAGAGUCUGUCAUUUGGCGGUGAUAAUAUCGUGUCUCAACCAAUAUCGAUGAAUCGACGCGCAUCCGAAAUGACAUCAAGGAAUAUGGCGGAAUUAAAUGAAAUAAAUAAGAAGAAGUUGCUGUGGGCUGUGUCUGAGGCUCUUCGUCUGCAUGGAUGGCGUAUGUCUUCGGCCGGGUUCCGCGGCAUGGCAUCCCGUCUGGCGCAACUGACGCGCAGAUUGCUGGCUCUGCCACAGUACGCGCUACGACGUGACCUCUCCACCUCCGCUACCAUGUUCAAGUUAGCCAAACAGCAUGUGUAUGCUAUCAUUCAGGGACGAUCAAUUGACGAGUGUUAUCAAGAUGCUUUGAACAAACAAUCAAAUGAAAAUAACAAACUAACUGGUUAUAUAUCAGCAAGCGCUUACCAGGAAUUAAUAUCCAAACCGACCGGACAAGCCAAGGAAAACAGUUUAAUAAAACAAGAACCCAAAAGUGCAAGUAAAAACAUUUUGCAAGAUAAGCUUGUCAACAUAGAUAAUAACUCAAAUAGUAGUGGUUCAAGUUUCGAGCGGAUACCGUUUAAGUCUAGUUCAAUGCCUUCGUUUGAGGAGGCUAAAAUGAGAGCCAGACGUCAGAUAAGUUUUGAUAAUGUGGACUUUCCUAAACGAUGAAACUGUUAAUUACCUCCCUAGGUAUAUAUGUAGUUAUAGACUUGGUUAUUAAUGUUGUGAGAAAAGAUCUGUCAUUACCAUAUCAUAAGAUCUUUCAAUUCAGUGUGAAUUUUUACUACAAUUACUGUAAGUAAUGUUGUAGUAUUAAAUAAUUUAAAAUAUUUGUAUGUUUAAAAAACUUGAUGUACUGUGGAGUUGGGUUCUACAAAAGAGACAUGACAUCUAUUUGUUUGUAUAUCCAUAAUUCAGUUUAAUAAUAUUCAUAAAAAAAUAUGGUUCAAGAAUGAUUCCUUAAUCGAAUGUGAGAGUGGCAUUUGUAUAUGCUGAAUACUAACGUACAUCAUGCACUCUAACAUGCUUCUUAUGUGCGAGGGAGCGCGCGAUAUUGACAAUACCGCUCUAGCGUUUCAUGACCACGCUAUUGGCGCGUCUUAUAUUCUCACAAAUACUAUUAUUUUUUUCUCUUCUUUUAAGGUGGAACACCUAUACCCUAUUUGGAUAUGUUAUUACCAGUGAUUAGUAAUAAAUUUAUUUAUAUUGAAAACAUUUUGACAAGAAUGGGUUAUUUUGCUCUUAUUCAUCAGAUUUUUUUUAACAUAGAAGACUGCUUUAUGUAUAUUUGAGCAAUGGAUUUGUUUUCCUGUUAUACGCUUAGAGUUAAAGGACUAGACGAAGAGUUACUUUGAAGAACAACAUAAUGUAUUAUCUACCAUUAUAAACUUGGCUUUAUGCCAAAUAAUAGUGAUGGGCCGAAUGUGGUUUGAACUGAAUAUGAAAUACGGCCGAACUUCCGUAGGAUUUCGGUUGAUUUUUGCCUUGUGUAUACAUCGCGGUUGGCUACGCCACCACCCGAACUCUGCGCACCCCCGCGUGAGUCUGGGCCGGCGCUCAUAAGUAAAUACGUCAUCUUCAUGAUGCAGGUUUUUUUGUUUGAGAUAUUAAUAUUUACAUGUUUCAAGUGCUAACACAGGGCUUUUUUUUAUUUGUUUAAAUUUUGGUUCUAUUCUUUUCAAUAAAAAAGUGCAGUUAUUUUGUUUAGUUUUUCUUGUACUGAAUAAGCCGUCGAAGUUCGAUUAAACUGAAUGUAACACGAAGUUCGGCCCAACCGUACCAAAUAAUAAUACAAAUGAAAAAAAAUAUUACCUAUUCUUAACCACAUUUUUUUUGCAUGAUCUCACUAUUUGCAACGGACCCUAGUGUACACUUUUGAUGGGUUUCUUAUUGAUUGCCAAGUUUGUAAUAUCUAACUCUUUAUUUCAAUUAUUAAAUUCAACUUUGAUGUGUGCAAUUAGAAGAAGUGACACCGUCAAAAAUUUUGGCUUCAAGAUAAUGAGACGAAUGUAAAAUUUCGGAAAAAGGAUACUUGUAGGUGUUAGUAAUGAUCAUAGUAGUACAAAGUUUGAUAAUUAUUUUACAUUUCAUUUGUGGUAACUUGGAAAAUUUACAUUACACCUCGAAACUGCAUAUGAAGUCCUAGGUCCUAUUCCUAUAAAUGUUGCUAGGAUGACACAUGAUUUCAACCGCUAUGAAAGACAUUACUAUCACCGCCACCAUAUUUAUGUACUCCUGGUGUCUAUGUAGUAAUACGGCGUGCGCAUGACAUCGGAAUAUAUUAAAAGUAUACUUGCAUCAUUCAUAAGACAAUCUCUUCUUCAACUAUGAUCGCCUGGUACCAAAACGCUGUACAAAGCUUCCUAUCUCAUUUUCUCCCACGUAAAAUUUUAUGGAUUUUUGCAUCAUGUCUCUCUUUUUAACUGUCUUGCUUUUUCGUUUCAUCGACUUUCAAAUCACAACGAUGCUUAAGAUGCUCACUUCAAAAAGCAUAAAAUUAAUAUAUAGACUAAUUUUAAUAGGCUAAGGAUAUAUAAUAGUAAAUUUUUUAAAUUAUUAAAACUUUCGUGAGUCAUUAACUUAUUUAUUAAUACGGCUUUACUCACGUUGUAUCGGUGUGGGUGCAGGCUAGUUUCGGACCAUUCGGAGAUCCUUCAUCAGGGUGAGUGUGGUGGGUUCGCGAUAACGUCUCGCCUAUUAUUCAGGGGGUUCAACUUCCCUACAUUGGCACAUGAAAAAAUUUGCAAUGAAAGUGCUGCCACCUAUUCUAUUAGGUACGCUGCAACUUCACCACGAUGGCGAUAAUUUAACAUACAUGAUAGAUGGAUAGAUGGAGCUAGUGAUAGCAAAAAACUCACUUAACUUAUUAAAGACUUGACUAUCGUGUUGUAAUCAUUGAAUGGCUCUUCUUAUUUAAAGGUGACUGCUGAACUUAAUAAGAGAAUAAUAAUUUCCACCCACACAAAACAAACAUCAAUAUGCAUUCAAUACGGUCUACAACAAUAGUAAAAACUAUAAACAUAAUUAGCGCCAUCUAGCGACGGUACGCUAAGAGCGUAAAAAUAACGCAGCGCCAUCUCUUGGCCUGGGUACACUGAUUUUACAAAAUAAAAACAUGAGUUGCACAUCUAUCUCUAGUAUAUAGUGUAUUAUCUAUGUUACGAAUGGUCCGAAACUAGUUGGUACCCACGCCGAUGAAAUGUCAGUAAAUCCGUAUCAAUAAAUAAGUAAAUUUGUCUUACACUGUGUAAUUAGAAAAUGUUAUGAUAUAAUAUGUUUGGUCGGAACAAAAUAUUAUAUUGAUGUAUGCUUAGUUAGUAGUCUUCUAGACAAGAUAUCAAUACCUCAGUUCCAAAGAGUACCAAUUCAGAAAAGGGUUCCAAAAGAAAACAACUCGACAUGUCACUAUAUGAAACGAAAAUAUCCUUAUGUAGAAAUAUUGGAAGUAACAACUAAGGCUCCUUUCAUACAAACGUGUCGCCAGUCGCGUUCAUCGCUACCGGCUAUUAAUAUAUUAUAAUAGUACAAGUACGGAAGUCUCACUCCGAAAAAUCAAUUAAAGAAAUAGGGACUCUUGCGGUCAUACAAUAAGGCGUAAUUCAGAUCGCAUAGUGUUACUAACAUAUAUUUUUAUUCACCUAGAAGUUGCCUCUCUUUCUAUCGCGUGACUCUUACCUCUUCUGACGAAAUUAGGGUUGACUUCGCUACCAUAGUAGCUAUCACAGUAUUUUCUUUGAACGCGAGUGUUACACAUUUAAAUAAAACACAGGAUUAAAACGCGUGUAAUUGUAACGGUUUUACAUUAGAUUUUUGCGUAAAAGUUACAUUUUUAUUUGAGAUAGUAUUUGUCAUAGUUGUUAUUAUGAAGUUUAGCGCCAUGUAUUUCCUUUGAGGUGGUAUUUGCUGUACACAGAUCAGAGGGCCUACCACCAACUUUUAAUAAGCGAUGCGAUUCCGAUGCAGUUCAGAUAAGGUACCUAAACUGUAUCGCUAAAAUUUGGUACCAUGAAGUGCCUUUCACUGAAUGGAGUUUGAAUUACUUAUGAAGAAUGAACGAAAUAAAUUUGUCUGUGAUCUGCGGUGUGAGAAAGAGAUGACGCUCUACAGUUGUUGCAUAAGUUUGUCUCUCUUACUCGAACCAUAUGCGUUGCGUUUCGAAACCUAAAAUGAUAUGGUUUUAGCGGUUUUUUUGCGUAGAAAAUACUAAAAAUACAUUUUAAAAUUGCGCUUUAUAGCGUCAAAUUAUAAACCAUUAAGCACUUUUUUGUACUUAUUAAAUAAGAGUAAUAUAAAUAAAUAUAGUUCUUUGAAUUACAAAUUAAAUGUUUGCUUAUGUAUUUUCGUAAAAAUAACGAGUUAUGAACGCACCUCCAUUGAUGUUUGACAGGAGCACAGAGUACACUUUUUUAAAUUCGUUCUUGCGAACAGGCUAUAGCCCGGGCCCUUACUGCCUCGUCUUUAGUAUUUUAAUUUUUGGUAUUUAUUUUCAGUACUAUGUUUUACAAAAAAGUCCAAUAAAGUAUUCUCAUCUCAUCUUUCAUCAAUACAAUUUUCCUUUUCUGUAUGAUAUCACUAUUUUUUAAAAGUUCUUAACGAUACGAUUAAUUUCCUCUGAGGAAGUAGCAACUUUUUUCGAAUUGCUCACUUUGACACGUAAGCUAUCCAGUUAAGGUUGAAAUAUUAACUCAUGGUACGAAUGAAUGAACGCACUAAAUCAGUUUGCUAUUCAACUGACAUCAUUUUUGACAUUUAAUUGACAUCAUUGCGAUUUAAUCAGUUGAUUUGACUUUAACCUAAAUUAGAUAGCUCUAAUCAUGUCGUGGUACGAAAUAGCAAAGCAGUUCAUUUUAGGUCGUCAAUUGAAUCGCAAUAAAAGUUCAUGGUAGGCCCGCAGUAAUGUGUAAGCAUUAUUCUGUUUCGGUCUGAAGCGCGCCGUAGCUAGUGAAAUUACUGGGCAAAUGGGAUUUGACAUCGUAUGUCUCAAGAAGACGAGCGCAUUUGUAGUCCUGAGCGGCACUGCAUUGUGAUGGGCAGGGCGUAUCAAUUACCAUCAGCUAUACGUCCUCCUAGUCUUUUCCGUUAUUUUAAUUAAAUAAAUUCACUUAUCGACUAGUUUCUCUGUGGUUAUAGUGGGUAUUCUUUUGUAGAACAAUUUCUCAUACUUAUCCCACAAAGCUUAUAUACAUAUAACUAAAUGUAUUUCAGACUUGUUACACUUUGCAACUGAGGUAUCGAUAUGAAGUUUGUAUGUGGUUUAAUUUAGUAAACAAAUGUUUGGUUUAACGACAUUCAUUUAUAGCAAGCAUGUCUCAUUCUGAAAUUAAGUACGAAACAUACCCAUGGGUGCGCGAAAUUCUUGAGAUAGAUACAACAGUCGAUUGUCAAUCGCUUAAUCUUUUUUAUUUUCGUUGUAGGUUUUCCUGUCUUUGUUUAUUCGAUGGGAGUAAAAGACAUUUAAAUAAAACGUAAUUCUUUCUUUUGUCAACGUGCGAAUUCUAAGGCAAUAAUUGCACAUUGGUUCUCAACCUUAUAGCCACAAGUAAAUAGUACCAGUGGGUGGCUUUUUUGCGCAGGUUGCCGGCUAGAUUAUGGGUACCAUAACGGCGCCUAUAUCUGCCGUGAAGCAGUAAUGUAUAAGCAUUAUUGUGUUUCGGUCUGAAGGGCACCGCAGCUAGUGAAAUUACGUGGCAAAUGAGACUUAACAUCUUAUGUCUCAAUGUGACGAGCGCAAUUGUAGUACCUACUGCUCAAGAAUUUUUGGGUUUUCAAGAAUCCUGAGUGGUACUGCUUUGUAAUAGGCAGUGUGAAAAUAGCCUGUUGCCUUUUUUUCGCGCUUCAGCCCUGUAACGGUGCGUAUUGUUACGUACUAAAUACACUACGUUAUACGGUAAUACGCAAUAUAAAACUCUAAGAUCACUAAUACGUCUAGAUAGACUAUGACAGCUGUGAAAACGUCGAAAAAAUUGAAUUUAGAACUGACCUCUAUUUUGAGCAAUUCACGCACACUAACACAAAGUGUCAUACAUAACGCGAGUGUAAGACGUAGCUUGUCACGCACACUAAAACUAAUAUUCCUGGCCUGUUUUGAUCGGUUGUCUAACAGCAAGAGACUAUCUAGACGUAUAAACUAUCUAAGGUUAAACUGUAUCUCCGCUAGAGUUGUUCCUCUCUUUUGCCACGCACGAGUAAAAAAAGGAGGACUCCGUAUCACCUGAUAUAACAGUGAAGCACCAAAACAAGCCAGUAAAUGAGUAAAUACAUAGCCGCACGCACACACUUACAUUAAUACAAGCCGAUAGGCCGCCAUUAUGAGAUUUGCCAUCGUCUGUGACAGAUCAGUCUGCAUCGCAAUAAAAUAUUUAAAAAUGCCGUCGUGCGUUGUGUAAAAGUGUAAAAACGAUACUAUAUAAGUAUUUGUGGCCAAUAUGAUUAUUUAAGGGAGAAAAUAUUGUGUAAUUGGUAUCCCACGUAACCGCACACACACUAGCAUAACGGUGCUUCACUUGCUAAUAUCACGGCGUGGAGUCCUUCUUUUUUUUACUUGUCCGUGACUUUUGCAUGCUUUCUUUGUCUAUAAGUACGCCAGUAUAUUGUUAUCUGUAAAUCUAUUAUCACAAUAAAACUGGUCAAUUAAGGAUUUUUACUCCUAUGGCCAAAAAUGUUUCUGUUUAUUUAAUGUACUCUCAAGAUUCGGAUAUAAAUUCACUUUCUACAUACAACAUAUAUCUUGUCAAGUAAUAUUAUAUUAUGACGUGUGUAUAUAGUGCCUGUUAAUUGUCUGCGAGUGUGUAUUCUAUAUUAGCUAAUAAUUGUCUCUGCUUUAAGCGACAAAUAAAUUAUUAAAAAUA